AUGGGUGGAUCCAAUGAACUCCAUGGCGAUGGUCAAGAUAGCAGCUCUAGAGAUGUUGCGAAUCCACCAGACAAUCUUGACUUGUCAGCAGUAUUGGACAGCCUUAUCAAGCACACAGAGACAGAAACCACACAACAUCAGUACAGAGAUGAAGAAGAAUCGGAUGCCACAAAAGCUCAAGUAGCCGAGGAGGCGAAGAAGACACCCGCUGGUUUUUCUACCACCGAUAAUAGUACCACCGGCACCAAUGCAUCCCAACAAGCUACAAACGAAGCCAAGUCAGAAGAAGAGGAAGAUGGAGCAACAACAAAAAUCAGGGAGAAUGGGUCGGAACAAGCUGGUCUGAAAAUGGCAGAGCAUCCAACAGACGAACAAAGUAAUGCCGGCGGUGCCAAAAAUCCUCCUGUUGCAACUGUGGACUGUAGCCUACAUCAAACAGAUGAAGAAUUUGCUGCUAAAUUUGCUGCCAGACGCAGCAUGGAAAGAAAUUUUGGUGCUGGUAGAAUACAAGCUCCUCUGCUCACGGAUUGCUGCUUCAAGACAGAUCAAGCCAUCAAUGCAACAAAUUAUGACAAUAACCCAAAAAACGAUCAGACACCCAAGAAUUGUGCUGCCCAACCAGACCCCAGAGGACCAGGCACCUCAGAAUUGAACAUGGAACAAGGAAAAUGUCCACUAAAGCCACAACCUGUUGCCUCGAUUGCAACAUGCGGCAUCGGCUUGCAGCCGCAAGCAGCACAAAGUCCACACACAAACAAUAGUCCUCCAGCAAUGGUGCCAAACCAACCAGGAAAUUCACCUACCGAGCUGGUCUCAGUGUUACCCUUAAUCUUGAGUCGAGAAAGGCCACAAAGUCUUCCUGGAGCCUACAGAGGCGAAAACAUGCAGCUUGUUCAGAGCCUUGAUUUUGAUCUUGUGGGGGCUGGUUAG